AUGAUUGUUAGUUCAUGGAAUGUUAGGGGGUUACGAGGUGAUGGGAAGUUGCGAAUGGUGAAGGAACUUAGGAAUAAACAUAAGUUAGAUAUGGUUGGGUUGACUGAGACCAAAAAGCAGGUAGUGACAAGGUUCGACGUUACAAGAAUUUGGGGAAAUAACGGUGUAGGAUGGGAAUAUGUGGGAUCUGAUGGUGCCUCCGGUGGACUGUUGUUAAUUUGGAAUGAUUUGGUGUUUAGAGACUUUAAUGAAAUAGUACACGAAGGGAAAAGAAAAGGUGGUACUAGUUUAACUCAGUCUGCGGAAGAAUUCAAGAGUAUGCCGCUUUCUGAUCGCAAAUUUACAUGGUUCAGGGGACGGUCUUGUAGCCGGAUAGAUAGGGCUCUGCUGAGUUUGGAGUGGUUACAAGAGUUCCCAGAGUCUCGGCUUCGAGGUGGGCUGAGGGGCUUGUCAGACCAUUGCCCUAUAAUACUUGAGGACAGGAAGUUGUCGUUUGGUCCAAGCCCGUUCAGAAGCCUGGACUCGUGGUUCACACAUGAGGGUUUUCUCAGAAUGGUGAAGGAGGAGUGGAGAGAUCUAGGGGAUAAACCUUUCACAGAUAAAUUUAAGGCUUUGACUGUUCCAUUGGGGAGAUGGCAUAAGGACAAUUUUAGUGAGAUAGACAAAAAGAUUGCAAAAUUUGAGGAAGAAAUCAAGAGACUUGAUGAUAUGAUAAGUAAUGGAGUGUAUGAUGGAACAAUGGAGGCUAGAAGAAAGGCGUUGGUCACUUGCUGUGAGAGAUGGUAUGUGAGAAAAGAGGUACAUGGGAAACAGAUGUCUCGGUCUCGGCAUGCAAAGGAUAUGGACAAAAAUACAAGGUACUUCCACAAUAUAGCAUCAGCAAGAAGGCGGAAUAAUUGGAUUGAUACACUGGUAAUUAAUGGCAAAAGGGUCCGGAACCAAGCUAGAAUAAAGAUUGCUAUCAGAGAAUUUUACAAAGAUUUAUAUCAUCAAGAACGGUCUCCCAAGGUGAGCUUCAGGGAUGGGUUGGUGGAGAAAAUAGACGAGCUAGAUGCUGGGACUUUAGAAGUGCUACCGUCGGCUGAGGAAAUCCGAGAAGCUGUAUGGGACUGCGAGUCAUCUAAGGCACCAGGGUGUGAUAGGUACAACUUGAAUUUCAUCAAGAGAUGUUGGGAUGAAAUUAGGGCAGAGUUCACGGCAGCAUUAAUGGAGUUCUUUCAGACGUACAAGCUACUGGCGGAUUCCAAUAUCACUUGA